AUGGCCUCGGAAGCGCCGCCCCCGAUGGAGGCCCACGCCCUCGCCCUCGCCCACGAUGCACCGCCCGCCGAUGCACCGGAUGCGACGCAGAAGCCCGUCAAGCGCUCGUGGAGACGAAAAUACCGCAAGAUGCGCAUCAAGUUCGAAGAGGCCAUGAACGACAGCGACAGCCUCAUCAAGCAGGAGUGGAAGGCCAUGGGCACCGCCCGCCGCCUGCAGGAGAACAACGACCAGAUCCUCGACAUCCUCCUCGAGCUCAACGAGCAGACACGCGUCAACCCGCGCCUGCGCUUCGACCUGCGCAACCUCUCCGCCGCCGACACCGCCGUGCCCUCGCUUGAAGCCGGCCCCGAUCCAGAACUGGUAAAAGCACAGCUGCAGACGCUGAGAGAGGGCCUGGCCGCCAACACCAUCACCCCCGAGGAGUACGCGACACGGGCAGAUCAGCUGCACUCAUCGCAGGCCAUCCAGCAGACGCUCAAGUCGCUCGCCAGCCUUGAGGCCAAAAUCCCCCACACGACGCGCGCCGACCUGCCCGACCACCCUGUCGAGGGCAUCGACCUCAGCGAGCAUGCGCCGGGCUACAUGUCGCCCACCCACGAAGACGAAUACCUCCUCGCUACCGACCAACUCCUCGAGCAGCCCGGCUUCGACCAGGCCCUCCAGCAGGGCCGCCCCGUCCGCCUCGCAUCCGCUCAGCCCCCGCUCAGCGAAAAGGACCUUACCGUGCGCAACCCGGACAGCGUCUACAACUGGCUGCGCAAGCACCAGCCCCAAGUUUUCCUGCAAGACAAGGAUGCGGCGCAUCACGAGAACCUCUCUGAAAAGUCCGCUGCACCAAAGACCAGCAAGGCCAACGCAACCAAGGUCAAACGCGAGUCAAACAUUGGCGGCGGCACACCCGCGCCCCGCGACCACGACGACGAAGACUCGGCCGCCCCCGAAACGGGCAAGGGACGACGCAAGACGGGCGGCGGCGGCGGCGACGACGACACCGCCUACCGACCCAAGGGCGGCAGCUCUCGACCCACAAAGCGCAAGCGGGAAGAGGGUGAAACGCCCGCGGGUAAGGGCAGCAGGAAGAAGAGUCGCCCCAGCGCGAGCACAGGACAAGCUGCUUGA